AUGCGAACCCACCCAUCCAAUCUCCACACAUCCCACCACCUAACCCUCCAUAUCGGCCACCUCGACGUCGAAAACUGGAUCAUAGCCCUCGACUCGCCGUACCGCAACCCAGGCCUCGCUCUCGCCUUCGUCUUCACAAAGGGUUCCGGCUACAGGGGGCACUACAUCGACAUGCUCAGCAAAACCUCCCAGCCACAAACACACACAGAAACACAUACACAUACACUAACCUUCCCCGCGACAACGCACGACAUGCCCACCCUCCUAGCCGAAGUCCAGGAAGUGUGCAGCGUCAAUCCCCAAGACCAAAACGCCAUUUUCCAGCACGCGGUGCUGGCGCUGCGGAGGGGUGAGGAUUAG